AUGGCUGACAUCACUGCCGUCGCCGACGAGAACCCGUCGCCCACCCAGGACGACCUGGUGCCCGGUGGCAAUGGAGCUGUAGAAAAUCGAGGCACCAAGCGUCCUCGCCUGAGCACCGCCGAGGAUGACGAUGACGACGAGGACAAGCCCGGACGCGAGCGUCGCAAGAUCGAGAUCAAGUUCAUUCAGGAUAAAUCUCGUCGCCACAUCACCUUUUCGAAGCGAAAGGCUGGAAUCAUGAAGAAGGUGAUGCUUCUACUAGUCGUCUCCGAGACAGGUCUCGUAUAUACUUUCACCACUCCCAAACUCCAGCCUCUUGUCACAAAGGCUGAGGGCAAAAACUUGAUCCAAUCUUGUUUGAAUGCCCCCGAACCAACCAGCGCCGAAAAUGGCGUCGAGGCCCCCGAGGUUCCUGCUGAGUCCACCGAUGAUGUUGCUCAUGCUAGUGUCAGUGCCCAACAAGCACAGAUGCCACGAGCCGGCCCAAUGCAUGCAGGCUACAUGACGGCCGACCAGCAGCAACAAAUGGCCUACUACCAAAAUCUCCAACAACAACAGCAACAAGCACAGGCUGGAGGUCAGUAUCCGGGGAUGCCAGUUGGCGGCCGUAUACCUCAGCAGCACCAAUCCACGGCUUGA